AGCUCGCACUGGCCAUUGCGAACUGUGUUCGCCAAUGCGACAGUGUUCCCGUCGAUAUCGUUCGAUACCGGUAUAUAUCUCGGUUGGUCGAGGGGAAGGAAAGAGAACCGGGCGAAAAUUCUAUUUUUACAUUCGAUAGAAAUUGUCCGAAAUCUUGAACGAAGCCGGGUUGCCUCGUCAAAGUUUACUUCUCUGCGCUGCGUUGCUCUUUUAUCAUCGCGCCGGCCGACGUAUCGUCGCGAUCGUGAAUACAAGACGUCGUAAUCCGAGUUGAUUUCGUACCGAUAAAGCGAUAAGAGAAGGCGGAUAGGAGAGGACGAUCGACGAUUCGACGACGCUAGAUGUUCGACCCAAGUUGGAAAAAAUACCGGGUGCGAACGAGAGACAGUUUCGCAGCGGGUUCAAGGCUAAAGGGUUUGCAGUCGGCAAGCUGGAGUCACUGAACGUGGACAAGCUGGAUGUCGGGAGCGCGUACUCGCCUGGAUGAAGUUGCGCCAGAUGACUGGAUGAUUAGAAGAAACGUGGACGAGCGAGCGUCACGAUAGAUAGAUAGGUAGCUCGAAAGAGAGGAAAAGAGGUUUUCAAAGCGCAGAGAGAUUGGACGUCUCUGUAUCGGAUUCGCUUACUCCAGGCUUUAACUGUCACCUGAUCUAUCGCGGCCGAACGAAAAUUCGACAGAUUUCACAAAACGAAGCUGAUUUCACGGAUGUUUCUUCGCGUCCCAAUUAGCCAGAAAUCAUACAAAAUGGCCUUGAUAUGGUAUAUUGGGAUUGUCACCAUCAUAGUUGCAGAUAAAGCAUGGGCAGAUUUGAAAGUCUCGACUCAAGAUUUAAAAGUUCAUGUAAAUAACAAUGAAUUCUUUGAGGUAUACUUGACGGAAAACUCAAGUGUAUCUGCGUUAGUAACAAUAGAAGUGCAACAUCCAGAUUUAGUUUCUAUCCUUCCACCCAGUUUUACAAUUACUGGAGGUAAUAUAGAGAAUAUAUCUGUAAAAGGUCUCAGUGCAGGACAUUCGAUUGUCAGUCUUAAUGUCACACCCAGCUAUAUUACGGAUUUUUCACAAGCAUUUGUCAGAGUGACAGUUGAAAAAUCAGAUGUACUUUACCACAUAAGUACUGUAGUAGGUUGGAUAUACUUUCUAGCAUGGAGUGUAAGCUUCUAUCCACAGAUAUACAGUAAUUACAAACGCAAAAGUGUUGUAGGAUUAAAUUUCGAUUAUUUAUCAUUAAACUUGGUUGGUUUUAUUUUGUAUGCACUAUUCAACUGUGGCCUAUUUUGGAUACCAGAAGUUGAGCUCGAGUAUUUCAGGAGAUAUCCAAAAGGUUUAAACCCUGUACAAGUGAAUGAUAUUUUUUUUGCUUUGCACGCAACAUUUGCAACUGUGAUAACUAUUAUUCAAUGUUUCAUUUAUGAGAUAGGAAAUCAAAGGGUAUCUAUCAUAGCACGUAUUAUUCACGGGAUAUUUACAUUAUUUAUUUUAAUUUCUAUGAUAUUAGCUAUAGUAGCAGUAAUAACGUGGCUUGAUUUUCUAUAUUAUUGUAGUUAUGUUAAAUUGAGCAUAACGUUAAUUAAAUAUGUUCCACAAGCAUUUUAUAACUAUAAAAGAAAAUCUACUGUUGGUUGGAGCAUUGGCAAUAUAUUUUUAGACUUUACAGGUGGUAUGUUGUCAAUGCUACAGAUGAUACUUAAUGCAUAUAAUUAUGAUGAUUGGGAAAGUAUUUUUGGAGAUCCCACAAAAUUUGGUUUGGGAUUUUUUUCAGUUGCAUUUGAUAUAUUUUUCAUUAUACAACAUUAUGUUUUAUACAGAUUUAACCAUGAAAAGAUGAUUGACCUCAAAAACAGAAUAUAAGCACCUAUCAUCAUCAAUUUUGUUUUAAAAUCAUCUCAAAACCGUAUACUUAGUUUUGCCUCUAAAUUUGUACUAAAUAGAAAAAGAAUCAUUAAUUUUACAAAAUAAAUAACCAGGAUAUAAAAAAUAACCAAAUACAGUGUGAAUAAAGAUUUCAUGUGAAGAUUCAGUGGAUAAUAUAACUUGUUAUCGAGAUUUUAUUAUUGUUAAUAGGCUAUACAAAAUUUCCAUUCCAUUGAAAAACAUGGAGUAUAUUUGUUGUAAAUGAGAUCAUUUUUACUACUUUUAUGAAUCUCAAUUGGUUUUUAAUGUAUAAAUAAAAGAGAAGAAACCUUGGUUAUAAUAAUUGUAACCAUGUACUAAUAUGUUAAACGAUAUAACAAAUAUAUCAAAUGAAAUCGAUUAUAAAAAUAAAAAUUAUUUCAUUAAUUUUCUAUCUUUUGUUAUGAAUAAUUAUAAGUAAUUGUUUUAAUUUUUUUAAGUUAUUGAUAUUGUAAUUGUUCGUGAUUUUACAUUUGUGUUUAUCUUGAAAAUAUAACAAAAAUUGUCGUGUGCAUGCUAUUGUGCACUUCAGUCUAAUUAUAAAUAUCAAUAUUUUUAAAUCUCAAUAGAUUUCAAAAUUAAGCAUUUUAUAUUUAGUUUGUAUUAUGAUGUUGUGACUUUUAAGCAUGGUAUUGAAGCUACUUUUAUAAAAUAAAUUAUAAUAAAGUAAUUGUAUUAUCUAAUUAUUAAAACUUAGAAAAGUUUUAAUAAUUUUUAGUGUCAUUCCACUGCAUUACAUGUCGAACACAAAUGGUUAGUGUCUUUGUAAUUAAUUGUUGUAAAAAUCCUAUAUUGAUUUUUACUUCCUACAAAAUGGAAUAAUAAAAUCCCUCUCAAAUAUUAAAACCACAGGAAGAUUAAUAUUUGAAUAAAGAAAUGUGUAUUCAUUUUGAAUAAAUGUGGUUAUUGCAUGGGUGUGUAUGUUGCGCGCGCGCGCGUCCAGGCGUAUAUGUGUGUGUGUUGUGUUGUACCUCUACUAACAGCACUAAUUGAACUAACAUUUUGCAAUGAGUUAUAUAUUAUUGAAGAAAACGUGUACCAUAUAAAAGUAGAAUCACUCACUA